GCUGGGUCCGUCCGCCCGCACCUGCUAACAGCUGCACGCUCGGCUGGGGUGCCGCCCCCCGUCCCCGGCCCCCCGCCCCCGCCGGGCCGGCGCUCAGAGAGGACGCUGUCCCUUUAAGAUGAGGCAGCGGAGGCGCGCCGGGCGGAGGGCGGAGAGCACCCCGAGCAGGACCGAAGUCGCGGGGGACGCCGGGCCCUGGCUCCCUGGCUCGCUCCGGCCGGUUCGCUGAGCCUCCUCUUCCCGGCUGGGCGCGGGCACCCGGCACCCGGGCCGGCGGGGCGCGGGCAAGCACAGUCCCCGUGCAGGCAGGCGGGCGGGCGGGCGGCGCGCUGUGCCCUGGGCAUGGGCAAGGGGCGCGGCGGGGCCGGGCGGCCGGGGCGUUGAGCAGACAAAGGCGCGGGACCUGCGCCUGCCCGGGGCAGCGAGGCUGCGGGACCCUGCGCGGCUGCGCUCCGGCCGGCGCUCACCGUCCCCCGCGGCCCGGCCCUGCCCGCCCGCGUCUGGGGUGGGGGGACGUGGGAACCUGCGCGGGGGGCCGGGAGCCCCAGGUCUGCGGCUUUUGCAGGCGGGGACCCAGCGGGCGUCGCAAGUUCCUGUGCCGCGUGCGGGCACCGCACCCCCCCCCUUUUUUUUUUUUUUUGCCGGCCAGCUAGCUAGCCCCGCGUGCAGCGCAGCGGGCCGGGCCGGGCCGGGCGCCCCGAGCAUGGGCAGUGACCGUAGAGCACCCGGGCGCCCCGGCGGGGCGGGCAGCACCCUGGGCAGCUGGGAGAAGGCGCCGCGGCCACCGCUGCUGCUGGUGCUGCUUCUGGUGGGCUGCCUGGGCCGCGGCGCCACGGCGGAGGACGCACAAGUCAACGCCGAGAACUGGCUGCGGCUCUACGGCUACCUUCCCCAGCCCAGCCGCCACAUGUCCACCAUGCGCUCUGCCCAGAUCCUGGCCUCUGCCCUUGCCGAGAUGCAGCGCUUCUAUGGCAUCCCUGUGACGGGUGUGCUUGAUGAAGAGACCAAGGCGUGGAUGAAGCGACCUCGCUGUGGGGUGCCAGACCAGUUUGGGAUGCAUGUGAAAGCCAAUCUGCGGCGGAAGCGCUAUGCCCUCACCGGGAGGAAGUGGAACAACCACCACCUGACCUUCAGCAUCCAGAACUACACAGAGAAGCUGGGCUGGUACCAUUCCCUGGAGGCGGUGCGCAGGGCCUUUCGUGUAUGGGAGCAGGCCACCCCGCUGGUCUUCCAGGAGGUACCUUAUGAGGACAUCCGGCUGCGGCGGCAGAAGGAGGCUGACAUCAUGGUGCUCUUUGCCUCUGGCUUCCAUGGUGACAGCUCACCAUUUGAUGGCACGGGCGGUUUUCUGGCCCACGCCUAUUUCCCCGGCCCCGGUCUGGGUGGAGACACCCAUUUCGAUGCUGAUGAGCCCUGGACCUUCUCCAGCACUGACCUGCAUGGCAACAGCCUCUUCCUGGUUGCAGUGCAUGAGUUGGGCCACGCACUGGGGCUGGAGCACUCAAGCAACCCCAGUGCCAUUAUGGCACCAUUCUACCAGUGGAUGGACAUUGACAACUUCCAGCUGCCUGAGGAUGACCUCCGGGGCAUCCAACAGCUCUACGGCACCCCAGAUGGUCAGCCACAGCCCACCCGACCCCUCCCCACCGUGACACCCCGGAGGCCAGGCCGGCCAGACUAUCGACCCCCCAGGCCUCCCCAGCCACCACCCCCAGGUGGGAAGCCAGAGCGACCACCCAAACCAGGUCCCCCAGUUCAACCCCGAGCCACAGAGCGGCCCGACCAGUAUGGUCCCAAUAUCUGCGACGGAAACUUCGACACAGUGGCUGUGCUUCGUGGAGAGAUGUUCGUAUUCAAGGGCCGCUGGUUCUGGCGUGUCCGGCACAACCGUGUCCUGGACAACUACCCCAUGCCCAUCGGCCACUUCUGGCGUGGUCUUCCCAGUGACAUCAGUGCCGCCUACGAGCGCCAGGAUGGGCGUUUUGUCUUCUUCAAAGGUGACCGCUACUGGCUCUUUCGAGAAGCUAACCUGGAGCCUGGCUACCCACAACCGCUGACCAGCUAUGGCCUUGGCAUCCCCUACGACCGCAUAGACACGGCCAUCUGGUGGGAGCCCACAGGUCACACCUUCUUCUUCCAAGAGGACAGGUACUGGCGCUUCAACGAAGAGACCCAGCAUGGAGACCCUGGCUACCCCAAGCCCAUCAGUGUCUGGCAGGGCAUCCCCGUCUCUCCCAAAGGGGCCUUCCUGAGCAGCGAUGCAGCCUACACCUACUUCUACAAGGGCACCAAAUACUGGAAGUUUGACAACGAGCGCCUACGCAUGGAACCCGGCUACCCCAAGUCCAUCCUGCGGGACUUCAUGGGCUGCCAGGAGCAAGUGGAGCCCGGCCCUCGCUGGCCCGACGUGGCCCGGCCACCCUUCAACCCCAAUGGGGGUUCAGAGCCCAGCACUGAGGACCAGGACGUUGAAGCGGGGCCGGGCCCCGGAGACAGAGAGGGGGACUUUGGGGCCGGGCCUGAGGAGGACAAGGACGAGGGCAGCCGCGUGGUGGUGCAGAUGGAGGAGGUGACACGGCCCAUGAACAUGGUGUUGGUGCUGGUGCCGCCCCUGCUGCUGCUGCUCUUCAUCCUGGUCCUGACCUACUUCCUGGUGCAGAUGCAGCGCAAGGGCGCACCACGCAUGCUCCUCUACUGCAAGCGCUCGCUGCAGGAGUGGGUCUGAGCCCACCUCCUGCUCCUCUGGUGCUAAGGGAACCCAUUGGGUGGGUAGGCAGUGCCUGUGCUAAGAGCCUCCCACAUGUGCUCUCAGCCCCGGUGUGGGGCCUCUGCAGGCCCUCAGACAGCACCCCCGCAGCCCUUCCCUCCUGGUUUAUUUGUGCCCAGUUGUCUCUCACUCUCUUCUCCCUUUUUUUGUGCACUGAGCAUUUGUUUCUACUUUCCUGACCAGGGAAGUUGCUGAGGAGAGGACAUUAGAACUUUCUAGAUGCGGUUCUGCUCUGUAUAGGUAGUGGGCCCCCCACUCUUCUGGCCUGGCUGCAGUUAGAGGAGAGGAAGGUGGAGAACAGCAGUGAGAACAGCAGCUCCAGGGUUGGCGGCUGUGGGCUUUGUAGGACCUCACUGGUCUCUGCCCCACCCCACCUUAGCAAGCUCCCCCAGGGCCAAGCCCAGGCCAGACUAUGGGGAGUGGGAGGUGGCCCCCUGCGGGUGAGGCUUGCUUCACUUCCAACACACCUCCAAUAACCCCCAACCCAGCUUCUUGUGCCUAAGAACCCCAUGCCAGCAGCCCUUGAGCCCACGCCUCUUCCCCUCCCCAGAGAAGGGGCUGUGAGCCUGCCUUACUGAGGACCAAAGGGGGUCUGCCAAGGCCCCACCCCCAGACUGGGCUUCCAGGCCCCCUGUCUUUUUUCUCCUUUCUGUGCUUCCACCCACCUGGGCACUUCCCUCUUCACCCACCUAGCUGCCCUCUUGGGUCUCAGGACCCCAGCAGUCUGCCAGUGUCCUGGCUCUCCUAGAGUGGGGGGGGGGGGCUCAACGGGGGGAGGUGUCGAGUGGUGGGUGUCCACAGAUGGGUCCCUGCCUGGAUGGUUGCCCACAGUUUAGGGGUCUCCCCUGCCCCUAUCCCCCAAGGCUUCUGGAGGAGGAACACAGUGAGGGGGCAGGGGCUGGGGGGCCCCAAGAGGGGAGGCCAGCAGCUGGUCCCUUUGCAGGCUGCCUGCUGACACCCCUCCUAGCUCCACCCUGCCUCCCUGUCCUUCCCAGACAAGCAGGAGGUGAUUGCUGUGGGAAAUGGUACUGUACUGCCGGCUCUGCCCCCAUCUCCCUGCAUCCCUGAGCAGGAGCAUCUGCCACCUGCAGUCUUGGGGGCCCCUGGCAGGGGUGGGGGGCUUCUCUCGGGUCCAGUAGCACCCUCACCACUCCAUCCAUUUUUAGAGCUCGAGAGCCAGCCAGGGGGUGGGUGAGUAGGGGGCCAGUGACUACCCCCAUACGUUUCUUCCUGUAAAUUAUCAGCACUGAUUAAAUCGUAUGGCCGGCAA